AUGAGCAAAGAGCAGGAUCACAUCCCCUCCAAACAAGAUGGCGAAAGCCCAGAGGCUCACCAGUACCAGGCGGGUUCCACGACCGACCGCCCAGAGGAUGAGUGGAAACAUCGCGAGCCGUAUCGUGUUCACGAUGGAGAAGAGUUUGACGUCAAGUGGGAAGGACAGUGCCACUGCGGCAAAGUCACAUAUCAAUUGAGUCGGGACAAGCCGUUGGCGGCCAAAUAUUGCCAUUGCACAACGUGUCAGAGAUUACAUGGAGCACCCUUCCAAUGGGCCGCCAUCUUCCACAAAUCCGACAUCAACUUCACAAAUGGCCACCAUGACCUGGGCUGGUACGAUCCCACCAACAAGUCUACCACCCACCACCUCCCGUGCAAGGUCUCUUGCGCCUAUUGCCGUUCUCCUAUCAUGGACGAAGGGCGGAAUAUGAUUCUCUUGUUUCCCCCGCUCAUCAAGAAGAUCAACACCCCCGAGGGCCGAGAGGCAUUCAGACCAACCUGUCACAUGUUCUAUCCGCAGCGAGUAGCAAGCUUCAAGGGCGAUGGGAUCGUGAAAUGGAAAGGGCUGGACAACUCGAGUGAUUUGUUAGACGACGAGGGGAAUGUUCUGGUGAAAUGGGAGGAUGGUAUGGACGACAAAAAAAUGGAGGCGAAGAAGAGGGAGUUCCUGGAGUUCACGCAGCGCGAAGAGGUCAAGAGAGUGAAGAAGACGGAUGGAUGA